UGCAAGCUAUCUGGCUAUACAGGCACGACUUUUCAUACCAUCGUUGUAAUAUUUCUGUUAUGUCAAUCUUUAUUUUGGUUUAUUACGUUUUGCUUUGUUUCAAGAACGUUUGACAUAAUCGAUGUAGCAUUUAGCCAGGUAGUCAAGAACUACGGAAGCUAACUAGCAAGUCUAGCUCAACGCUCGCUAGCUAACUGACGAAUCAUUGCUUGCUGCUAGUGCUAGCAAGCAAGUGGCUGUAAUUGCUGGGAAACCCCCCACUGUCCUCUGAUGCUGCCCAGUGUCUUGCGCUGUGCGCGACCUGCUGCCAACACCCUUACCUUCUCCCGCCAGACCGCCAGAUUUCGGCCUCAGAUGGACCCCAGCCGGCCUGUGGAGAGCACCAUAAGGGCCAAACUGAGCCAAGCUCUGGAGCCCGACCACCUUGAGGUGAUGAACGAGAGCCACAUGCACGCCGUGCCCCCGGGGUCUGAGUCUCACUUCCGGGUGCUGGUGGUGAGCAAGCGCUUUGAGGGGCUGUCCCUGCUGCAGCGCCACCGUCUGGUCAACGAAGCCCUGCGCGAGGAGCUUAGCACCCUAGUCCAUGCCCUCGCCAUCCAGGCGAAGACCCCCCAGCAGUGGGACAGCAACCCCAGUUUAGCCAAGAGCCCGCCCUGCAUGGGGGGCUCCAAGCAUGACAGCACUGUGGCCGACAAGCUGAAGGCUGGCCGAGAAUGAACCAUGAGCGCUACUGAUGAUGCUUUCCAUGCUCAAAUGCCGGGGCUUGUAUGAGGUCUUGUAUCAGUCACACUUUUACUGGAACUUUUUAACGUCCUCAAACCGUGGUCAGUCCGACAGUAUAUUGUAACAAAGAGCUAGCCCUAACCUUGCAUCGUUACAUGAGUGAAGCAUUAAACUAUUUCACACCCUAAUCUAGAAUGAAGAAGCUGAGACAAAUGCACUUAGAAUGUCUUUAGAUCCAUUCUGAAAAGAAGAGGAGCUGCAGGUAUUGCUUACAUCACUGAAUGCAAAGACUGGCUAUGUGAAACUUCAAUUAAAGAUACAGAGGCUAUGGGAAUAUUUAAUCUUA